AUGCAUAACAUCCGCUUCAAGGCGCAUCGUGUAGCGUCGCGCGUCGACGAUGGCAGCGUCAACUAUAACCCCUUUGCCCGACAACGUAGCCGAAGCUCAGUCGAUAUCGAGAAUCAGCUCCACAGGAGAAGAUCAGAAGGACAUGCACGCCCCGUCAUAGAGGAACAGCGACGAUUGGAAAGCCAGCAGGCGGAGAAGGAAUUCCCUCCUCCGCAUCACGCCGACACAGCACCGACGAUCUCAGAUACGUCCGCAGGACAUGACUACGCCCAGGCUUCCAACUCGGAUAAUGAACUUGUCGCAGGAGACACGGAGGCAGGAAAAGAGUCAACAGCGGUCGGCAACGGCAGCGCUCUCCAAGAUGGACCAUCAUCGCAUGUCCAGAAGCGAGCCAGAUUCAAAGGCAUAUUCAGGAAAUCCCAUGAGAAUGUCAUUGACGCGAGCGAAAGCGCCGAAUCUGAGGAUAUGGACGCAGAGGCGAGGAAGAAGAGACUUCAUAGGAAGAAGAUCCCGGUUGGCGCCCAACUACGUGCCGUGUUCCUUGGAUCCUGGAUCAAUCUGCUCCUUCUCUUCGUCCCGGUUGGCUUCGCUAUGUACUAUUCACACAAGGUUGGACCUGUCCCAAUAUUUGUUAUCAACUUCGUCGCCAUCAUUCCACUGGCAGCCUUACUGAGCUAUGCGACGGAAGAACUGGCCAUAAGAGUUGGGGAGACUUUCGGCGGUCUUCUCAACGCGACUUUUGGGAAUGCUGUCGAGUUGAUUGUAUCAAUCCAAGCUCUGAUCAAAGACGAGAUUGUAAUCGUCAAGACUUCCUUGAUUGGAAGCAUGCUUUCCAAUCUUCUGCUUGUGCUAGGCAUGGCAUUCUGGCUUGGUGGGCUCAAUCGUUUGGAACAGCAUUUCAACGUCACAGUGGCUCAGACCGCUGCUAGUCUCCUGGCACUUUGCAUUGCUAGUCUCAUCAUCCCCACGGUCUUCCACAAUAUGCUGUUGGAGGAUACCGUGCCCGACGGACAAAGGAAUCAAGAACUCUCUCGUGGCACCGCCAUUAUCCUUCUCUUUGUGUACGGCUGCUACCUUCUCUUCCAACUGAGAUCCCACGUUUCCAUGUACAACGCUCCAAGCAAAAAAUCACCCAAAAAGAAGUCAAAAAUCGAAGAAGGUAGCGCGGCACGUGGGAUUGCCGCUGUCGGUGCAGCCGCCUCGGUCGGUGGCCUGAAUGCCACCAACGUCUUCAAAGAUCCCGAAGAAGAUGACGACGAUGACUUAGAGGAACCGCAGCUGUCAGUGAUUGGUGCUUUGAUUACGCUGGCCAUAUCCACCACUCUGGUAGCAUUCUGCUCAGAGUUUAUGGUUUCCAGCAUUGAGGGCAUCACAUCUACGGGAAAAAUCUCCACGACCUUUGUCGGUCUCAUCCUUCUCCCCAUCGUCGGCAACGCAGCAGAGCAUGCCACUGCUGUGACAGUCGCGAUCAAAGACAAGAUGGACUUGUCGAUUGGUGUCGCCGUGGGCUCCAGCAUGCAGAUCGCUCUUCUCGUCCUGCCGUUCGUUGUCGUACUCGGCUGGAUCUUGGGCAAAGAAUGCAUGACGCUAUACUUCGACACCUUCCAAAUCGCUCUUCUGUUUGUCUCAGUCCUUCUCGUCAACUAUCUGAUCCAAGACGGCAAAUCUCACUGGCUCGAAGGGGUGCUUCUCGUAUGUUCGUACCUUAUUAUUGCGCUGGCGGCGUGGUUCUACCCCAAUAUCGAGGAGGCCAAAUGCUGA